AUGGGGAUUGAACUCACCAAAGAAGAAUUUGGAGAACUGAAAAGAAACCUUCCAGUUGAUGCUAAAGGGAAGACUGAUCUCAAAUCAUUGAUGGAUACAGUACAAGUUAUUACAGGAAGAGAAGUUCACUUAAGUGACCUGGAGAAUGCCAUGCAAAAUAUGAGAAUAGAACCCAUGUCUAGAGAACAACUGGAGCUAAAUAAACUGCUUCCAAUUACUGGGUUACAAAUUGAGGCUCAUGGUAUUGACAGUAUACUUGGAAACAUGGUGUUCAAACUCACACCUGAAAAACUUAAUGAUCUAACCCCAAAUCUACCAGUUGAUGAAGGGGCUGUUGACAUCAAUGAACUGGACACUGUUUUGCAAAACAUGGGAAUCCAACUCUCAGAAAUGGAAACUAAAGACUUGGUAGAACACCUGCCUGUUGAUGGAAAAAAGGUUGAUGUCAAUGAUCUACAAAAAGUUCUGGGAGAUAAGGGGAUCCAACUCACUGAGAAAGAACUUGUGAAGCUAAAAUUAACACUACCAGUUGACGCUGCUGGAAAGGUGUAUCUGAAUAGAUUGUUGGAAGGUGUGAAGUCUAUCAAAGGAGGAACAGUGAACGUCAGUGACAUAGACACUGUUCUUGGAAACUUGGGGAUUGAACUCACAGAAAAUGAACAUGAAAGUCUGACAGAAAAUCUUCCACUUACUGCUAAUGCGAAGGUUGAUCUCAGCGCAUUGCUGGAUGCAGUGGAAACUAUUACAGGAGAAGAAGUUGAUGUCAGUGAUGUGAAAAAUGUUCUGGAAACAAUGGGAAUAACUCUCACAGAUAAAGAAUAUACAGAGCUGGCAAAAAAUCUACCAGUUAAUGCUUCUGGGAAGAUCUAUAAAAACAUAUUGUUGAAUGGUAUAAUGUCUUUCAAAGGGGGAAAAGUUAAACAAAAUAAAGUGAAUACUGUUCUAAAAAACUUGGAAAUAAAGCUCUCAGAAAAGGAGCUUAAACAGCCAGCAGACUAUAUACCAGUUAAUGUUUCUGGGAAGGUUAAUUUUGAUGAGUUAAUGGAUGGAGUAAAAAUUGUCACAGGUGAAGAAAAUACCAGACAAAUAAAAAAUAUUCUAGAAAGUGUGGGGAUAGAUCUCACAGAGAAGGAAUGCACAGAGCUGGUGAAAAAUCUACCUGUUGAUGGUAAUGAGAAGGUUGACCUUGAUAAGUUGAUGGAUGGAGUGAAAGUUCUCACAGGAAGGGGGAUUGAUUUCAGUGAUUUGGAAAAAGUUCUUGGAAACAUGGGGAUAAAGCUCACAGAAAAAGACUGGCUGAAGCUGCUGAAAAACCUACCAACAGAUGCAGAUGGAAAGAUCUAUCAAAACAGAUUGAUGGAUGGGUUGAAGUCUCUCAAAGAAGGGACAAUUGAUGUCAGUAAACUGGACACAGUUCUGGGAAAUAUGGAACUCACAGAAAAGGAAUUUAAAGAUCUGACUCAGAAUCUGCCAGUGGAUGCUGAUGGGAAAGUCACUCUUAAAACAGUGAUGGAUGAAGUAAAAAAAUUCUCAGGAGAAAAGGUUGAUGUAAGUGAUCUUCAAAACCUUCUUAGAAACAUGGGGAUUGAGAUAACAGAUAUGGAAUACUCAGAGCUGAAGAAAACCCUCCCAACUGAUGCUACUGGACAGGUGUUUCAGAAUAGAGUGCUGAGUGGCAUAAAUUCUCUUAAAGGAGGAAUGGUUAAUAUCAGUGACCUGAACAGAGUUCUUGGAAACAUGGGAAUUAAGCUCACAGAAAAAGAACUUGAAAGUCUGGUAGAAAACCUUCCAGUUAAUGCUAAUGGGAAGAUUGGUCUCAGUAAACUAAUAGAUGAAGUGAAAGCUGUUACAGGAGAGAACAUUGAUAUCUCUGAUAUAGAAGAUGUUGUGAAAAACAUGGGGAUAGAACUUACAGAUGAGGAAUACUGGGAACUGGUGGAAAAGUUAUUGGCUGAUGGUGAUAGAAAAACCUAUCAGAACAGAUUGUUGGAAGGUAUAAAGACUCUUAGAGGAGGAAAAAUUGAAGCUGGUAAAUUAGACAUAGUUCUGAAAAAUAUGGGGAUGAACUUCACAGAAAAGGAGCUUGAAGAUCUAACAAAGAGCCUUCCAGUUGAUGCUAAUGGAAAAGUUGAUCUAAAUAAGGUGAUGGCUGGAGUGAAUGCUGUUACAGGAGUUGAAGUUGAUAUCAAUGAUGUGAAAACUGUUCUGGAAAACAUAGGGAUUGAGUUAAAAAACAAAGAAUUCAUGGAACUGGUGAAAAAUCUGCCAUUUGAUGGAGAGGAGAUAGAUGUCAAUGAUCUAGAAAACACUCUGAAAAACAUGCAAGUUGAGUUCACAGAUGAGGAAUAUUCACAUUUAGUAAAAACUCUACCACUCAAUGCUGCAGGAAAGGUGUAUAAAAAGAGGUUGCUGGAUGGUUUGAAGACUCUUAAAAGUGAGUGCAAAGUAUGA